UCCAGUUACACCCUUCCCAAAUAAACUUAACCAACCAACCCACCAACCCAUCAUGCUCUCCAUCCCCAAGCUCUCCCUCUCCCUCCUCACGAUUCUCACCACCAUCCUCCCCCCAACAACCGCCUACUUCUACACCUACCCCGCCCUCUUCAUCUACAAAGACUACAACUGCAGCCAAAUCUCCUGGUCACUGGUCUACCCGACCCUAGGCGCCUGCAACUAUGGGUACUGGGAUUACGCCGGCUCAUUCCAAAUGUUCAACAUAGACGACUCAUAUUCCUGCGACGCGGGUCUCACGCUAUCAUUCGAAGUGUAUAAUAGUUCGGGCACGAAUUGUGGGGAUGAAAGUGAUUUGUUGUUUCGACAGCCUGUUACAGAGGAUUGUACGGCUGCGGAGGUGGAGAGUCCCGGGCCGUUGGAAAUGCCGAUUUGGUUUCGGUUGGGGUGUAUGUGAUAUUUUUUUGGUGGGUUGGUUGGUGAUGUAGUUGAUUAGAGAGUGCCAGUUCUCAUUUGGGGUCCAUUGGGCUAGUAUUGGGAUUGAAGAUAUUUAGUGCGGUAGGGAAGAGGUAUAUUGUACUUAUGCACUGGAUCAUACCAGUGAAUCUGGCUGGCAUGUUAUGAGCGGGUACUAUUUCAAGCCGAAAGUACACGGGGGCUUAUUAAACCGGGGUGAAAUUGAG